UGUAGUUUAUUGUGGCACUGAAGCUCUCUUCUAAGAAAGAAGGCUGAGAAUUGUCUCACAAAACUACACUUCCCAGAAUGACCUCGAACAGAGCCAGGGCAGUUAAAGCAGUCCCAAACUGGAUUAUUUCUGCAGUGUGUUUUGGACCACCUUCCUCAAUCUUCUUUUUUCCUGCUUCUUCCAGUUGCCCACUCUCCCUCCCUGGUGAGAGAAAUAGCCCCAAAAAUGUGUCCCCAGAAAAGGGAAAGCUUCUCCAUCCCUGGAUCAGAGUGGUUUGGGAUCCACUUUGGAAGAAGAAGGGAGGGAUCUGUUGCCUGAAAGGCAGAGAUGGCUUCAUGUUGGGCUUCGCCCCUUCUUUUUCUAUGGGAAGGGAAGGGCACUCUGGGACACCACCAUCCCCCAGCCCUGCUCUCUUUUCCUUUCUUUUGUGCUUGGCCAUGAAAACUUGUGCCAGAGCCCCUUCCCAAACAUCUCUCUUUGCCAUCGUCACCAUCAUCAUUAUCAUCACCGCCAGCCUUUCUUUGCAAAGGGAAGGAGGGGGGAAAGAGAGAUUGAGAGACUGAGAGAGAGAGAGAGAAAGGCAAGCUGCAGUUCUUGCUUCUGCCCUCCCCUUCCUGACAUGAUUUUCUUUCUUUCUCUCAUUUCAAAAAAGACCAGCAAAGUGAGAAGCUGCACUUGGGAGCCUUCUUCGCCGCCCCAAUCCAAGAAAGAAAGAAAAAGAGCCUGGCCAAAGAGAUGUGGGGAUUGAAGCUCAGGAUGGGGAAGAUCGGAGCAGCCUCCUGCAGGCGAUGCCAAUGGAUCUUGCUGCAGCUCAUAAGGGCAGAAACAGUGUACCUUUCUUCAUCCACAUAGCCAGGUGCCCCUUCCUGACAACACAGGGCAGAACUGGGGCUUGCAGGUAGAAUGGUGGUAGCAGCAGCAGAUAAAUAAACUUCCCUUCCCAUUCCUUCUGCAAAAUUGGAGUUGACCAGCCACUGAUUCUUGAUGGGAGUUUCAGUACUGGCAUUGGGACAGCCUUCUUCAUCACACCUGAGGGCAACAGGCUAGUUUGGCAGGAACAGAAUGGGCCAUGUGGGAAGCGGCUCUCUCUUCCUGCAUCUUUCUGCUCCCUUCCAACAUCUGCCUCUUGAGAUGACCCAAGGACAACACAAUGGCAGUGUCUACAGCUGGAGGUGCUGAGACUAAAAGCACUAUGAAGAACGAGAACCCGUCUGAGAAAAAACCAACAGGAACCACUGCUCCUUCCCGAUGGCACAGGCACAGGUUUCGGCACAAGGUACCCUCUGAGGUGACUGUGAAGGGGCAGCUCCGGAUGCGCUCACCCUCUGGAGCCUUUGUGAUGGUGGGUGUCUCAGUAGUCCUGGUGGGCAUGACCAUUGCUGUGAUUGGGUACUGGCCUUAUCGUUCAAGAUCUGGAGGUAGUAGGCCAGCAAAUUACAAUGGCACAGAUGAGAUCAAGAAGGAAGUGAGGAUUCUUCCUCAUCCCAUCCUUCACAGUGAGAAGCUGAAACUCAUUGGGCCUGUUAUCAUGGGCAUUGGACUCUUCAUCUUCAUCUGUGCAAACACCAUGCUGUAUGAGAACAGAGAUAUGGAAACGCGCUUGUUGAUGCAGAGGGAACUCUGCUCCAUGAGCCUCAGUCUUCCACAGGACACAAGCCAAGCAAGCAGUUACUUUCAGAGGAGGCCCACCCCAUCUACCCUCCAGGCCAAUACAGAAUGUGUAGAAGGUUGCUACGAGGUGGACCUCUCUUCCAGUGGAUUCCAGUCAUACUCCAGCCCUAUGAAGAAACGGACCAGCAAUUGCAGUUCUAAAAGGGUUCAGACCACCACCCAAUUUCUUCACCACAAGAGCAUCUCACCUUCCCUUUCCCUCCUGAGUAUCCAUUCAGACUCUGGUAAUGUGAUAUCAGAGAACCUGGUCUGCCCUGUCACUCAUGGAACUGAGCCAUCAUUCUCCUCCACAACUGUCAACACUCUGUCGCUGCCUCUGAUUAAACUCAAUAAUUGUCUUCUUGAAAAACAAGGUAUUUCUCAGAUGAUUGUCAGAGACGUGGAAGGCAAUUGUGUUAGGAUGCCAGAGGAGGAGAAAGAGGAGGAAUUGCUGAGGCUCUCAUGCACUCUCCAACCAGCUUGCAAUAGCAGGGCUACUAGAAGAAAUGAACUCAAAGACAAUCAUGUAGUUAUUGAUAUGCACAGUGAGCUUCCUUCAGCCAUGUCAGCUGAAAUAUGUCUGCAUCCUGCACACACACAAAGAAUAUUUGGUUCAAGCACUCAGGUCUCCAAUUCAGGUCAUUCUAAGUCCCUAGAUCUUGGCCAGCCAGGGGUGCUGUUAGUGGCACCAGUCAGUGAUCGGAAACAUAGGAGCUGGCCUAGACUUGACCACAUUGGUAUAGUCAACUAUGCAAAAUUGGAAAGUAAGGGUGAAUCCUCAGAUAGGCUAUUGGAACCAAUGAGGGAGUCUACCAGGGUGGAAAGCAGACAAUUGUCUGGGAAGUUGAUCAUGGAAACAGGUUCUGGAAUCUGAUUCUGCAUCAGAGGAACCAUGGCUGCUGUUGUUCUCCCCUUUCUGUUCUUCUGCUCCACCACCUCGAGCAUUGCUCUGAAUAUAUGCAGCUUUGCAGUGAUGGCUGCUUAGUCAUUUAGUUGGUGCCUGAAUCCCAGAUUAUGCCAUUGGAAGAAAGGCAUACGGGAUGCUGCUGAGUGAAUUGACUGAUUUCUGAAGGGCCUGUUUAUUUCUUGCCUUACAAGAUCCAUCUUCAACCCUUACAAGAUUUAUCUUCAACCCAUCUCCACUCUGCUUGCAUGUGACUCUUACUUAGAAAUGAAAAUGAACUAUCAAUUCUGAUGCAGUGAAAGGGAUAAAGCAGAUAUCCCCUUCUGUCUUCUUUUAAAAACACUUUGUUAGGACUCCAAAAAAAAAAAAAAAAG